CGGCCUACUUCGACUAUCAAACGAUCGAUCGGAGGUAUAGGGUUCCCCACUUCCCGAGGUCCACGUCUUUGGAGCAGAUGAUACUACACGAUGUUGACUCCAUGUCUGCUCACAGAUGAAUCCUCAACAGCUGUGUUUGACCAUGGAGAAGCUUCGAUCAUACAUCAAUCCGGACUCACGAUUGAGACCAGAGUACGCCAAGCUCACUCAAUCCGCUGCCGAUGAGCAUGAUGGCUAUUGCCCUCACUGCGGCCAUGUACAGAACGAAGCACCACAAGCGCUUCCGUCAAGCAUCGCACGGUCGUGGCUGGCUCUUUGGACAAUCGCUACCCUCCUCUUCGGCGUCUUGAUAGUCUUCAUCCUGCUGCUGGCGAAGCAGUAUACCUUUCAUUGCUCACUGGUGACCGAGUCUUCUUGUCCCAAUUCUCCCAGCCUUCUGUCCGAUCAAGCCUUCUCCGAAAGUGCGUUCAAGUCCGGCAGAGGAGAUCGGGACAUGACUGACACGUUCGCAGUUCCCCUCCGCCGAGUCGUCUGGAAGGUGGAGCAAGGGUUCGUGGAUUCAGAUCCCUUCGACGGUGCGCACUGGGGAAAUUUCGGUGACGAGAUGAAUGAAACUGCGUGGACGCCGUGGGACGAUAUCUAUGACGGCUCGUGGGUCCAGAUCGAGCCCGACGAAAUGCUGGGCAUUCCCCCGGGCGUGCCAAUCCAAGAGUUCUCCGUGGAAGCUGGAAGAGCGUGGAACACGCCCAAGCACGGCUACUCUCCCAGCAUCAAUCACCAAAUCCACUGCCUGGGAUGGAUCAAGCACUAUCUCAUGCCCAGCGGAAGCAGCGAAAUAGACUACGAGCACGCAGGGCAUUGCGUCGAGUACAUUCGUCAUGCCAUCAUGUGUGCGGGCGACCUGACUCUCGAGGCGCCCGAGAAUCCCUCGAGAACGCAUCUCGAAUCUUUUGCGUACGACGAGACCGUACAUCUGUGUCGAGACUGGACGGCCUUGUCAAGUGCUCUUCGACGGACGUCUCUGGGCUUUGAAGUUGACGAAGGCCGCGGGCUCGUGCCUUUUGAUCAUUCCGAUUGGCAGCCCAAGCGGCCGGUGAAUCCAUUCGAAGCUGUCUAGAUACUUUGUUGAACUCGCAUCAUUGAACAAA